CGAACGAAUUACGCACGAACACAAAAAUUGGGAAUUUUUUUCUUAAAGCCUUAAAUCAAAAUCUGAUAAAAGAGUACACGUUUUUUCAUUGCAGCUGAAACUCUAAGUAGUUCGUCAAUUUCUGAGUUGUUAUUGAACAAUUUCCAACAUGGCAAAGCGUGAGAUGUCAACUACUUUGAAGAACUUGAAGUUUAUGCAACGGGCAGCUGUUAGAGAGGAAAUUACUAAGAAACCAGAAGAGGAGAAGAUACCUGAUGGCAAUUUUGUUUCCCUUGGUUCUAUUAGGAAGUGCAUGGUUAUAAUGGAAGGAGAUCCGCAACCAGGAGCAUCUAUUGGACGAAUCUCGUUUCAAAGUUUCAAUCCUUCUGUUGAUAAACUAAAUGAAGAAGCAAGUAACGGUGGUCGAUGUGAAGAGUCUGAUGUGUGUGCUACUACCUCUAGUGAUCACAGUGGAAAAAAAUCUUUCAGAGGAAAUGGAACAUCACUGGACGGAGUAGAGAGCUCAAAUACCGGUAACACAAAUUUGAAUGACCUUAAAAGAAAACAGUUAGAAGCAGAACUGGAACCCGAAUCCCAACAUAAGAAUAAAUCGCCAAAAACUGAAGGUGACCAACAGUCAUUUCCAAAUAGCAAUAGGAAGUCUUUCAAGCAACCAAAAAAAGAAAAGCUGGACUGGAAUGUUCUUAGACCAAAAAGUCAAAACAAUCAAAAGAAAAGAGGGUGAGCGAAACCAGGUCUUAUCCUAAUAGGUGCAGAAUUUCCUUUAAUUUGUUGUCAAGUCCUAAAUUUUUCGUAGUUAAGUUCUAAAAGCUGAUAUUGUAGUAACUGUUUGUACUUCCGCUUCCAUGCCUUAUUUUUUUACGUUUUAAGCUAAACAAUUUUCCCAUAGAAGAUUAUAAGAUAUGUACUUUCCGUUGCACUA